AUGCCCGACAAUAUCAGCAAAAACAAAGACCCCAUUACUCCUACUUCUCCGCUCCCGGCCCGCCCGUAUAGAUCACACAAAAUACCGGCCUGCGAUUUUUGCCGGAAACGAAGAAGUCGUUGUACGCAGGAAAUCGCCGAUCAGCCAUGUCUUUUAUGUCGUAUGCACGGGGCCGCCUGUUCAAGAGCAGUCGACAAGCCCACGGCGACUACAAAGAGGCGGCGUCUGACAGACAAUACGCCCCCAGAAAUCCAGGGGCAGCAACCGAGACCCUCUCCGUCGCCUGCAGUAGGAUACCCCGACUACGUGGGGAGUGUCCAUCAACCCGCACGACGCCAAUCCGCAGCGACGCCUGGCUUUACUCAAAACGAUGCAUCUAAUCAAUCCGGUCACAUUGUCGGACCAGCAAUGGCUCGUGACGCCCAGGUUCUUGAGCGAUGCAUGUCGUCCAUUUACAACACAGCGGUUUCCUACGCCAGACCCAACCCGUACAGUGUUUACUCCGAUGAUACCCGCAACCCGGUUAUCUACAUGAAAGUUCCCCGGCAGCGUAACAUUGCGCCCUCAGGGAACGGCACUGCAGGGUUCAAACAGUUCGAGGCGAUGGAAAAGGUCGUUGAGCCCUUGGGGCCCGAACUAUGCAACGUCUACUUUAACAACAUCCAACCGCCAUUCCCGAUUCUAGACGAGAAGACCGUCUUAGAGGCUUACCAGCAUGAUGGUCUUCCGUAUGCACUAGCCUGUGAGAUUUAUGCUUGCUCGCUCCUUCUCUGGAGAAGUUCCCCAAACAUUACCGCUACUAGCCGUCCCGUGCCAGACAUUCGAUACAUGUGGAAUCUGACCGUCAGUGCGAUGAAUGAUGAUUUUCUGAGCCCCAAUUUUUCCACCGUCCUGGCUUGCAUCUUGGAUCUCCUAGGUCGUCCAAUCACUUCCAUCACCUAUAAUGCCAUCAAUGUCGGUCGGGUUGUUGCGCUGUCUCAGAGCCUGGGACUAAACCGAAACCCUACCACAUGGGGUCUUGACCCUCGUCAGAAGAGUCUUCGAAUACGAACUUGGUGGGGGAUUUUGAUUCAUGACCAAUGGGCGAGUCUCUCACACGGAACGCCCCCUCAUAUACACAAAUCAGUUUGGGAUGUGCCAUUACCGGACUCGGACUCAUUGCUGAUUAGCAUGCCAUCUGAUGCAACAUUCCCAUCUGAUGCUCGAAUACAGGGAGCUUACUCUUUUAUUGCUCUUUGCUCUCUGACUUCUCUUCUCGGGAAAAUAUUGCCACUAAUAUAUGUCCUGGAUACCCAGCCUCUGGAGAGCUCCUUCAGGGAGUUGCGACGACACGAAACCGCACUGAACGAGUGGGAAGAAAGUCUACAAUCCUGGCUAUGCCCCACUUCGCCGAGCUUCGAGAGAAAAGCAGCAGGGGCCCUAAAUCUACAACUCUCCUUUCUGGCAGUUAAGCUAUGCCUUUCUAGAAUUGCUCUCUUGGAGAUCCACCGAUCCAACGAGUCAGCUGUGGAUGAAGAUAAACUGUACUACCGGUCGAGAUGUCGGAAAGCCGCAAGAGCCGUAAUAGACUUCACAACCAGCUUGGAAAGAGAUGAGAUUAAUACCUUCUGGCUACCAUAUACAGCGUAUCACUUCACAUCGGCCGCCACGCUGACCCUCCGCUGUGCGCUAGAAGCUGAAAAUGCCGACACUGCACAAGAAUGUGUAGCCGGCGCAAAGAAGCUGAUGAGCUUCCUGCGCCGUAUGAAAAAUGACGCCAACUGGGAUCUUACCGACAUCUGCCUCGGACAAUGUGAAGCCGUUGUUGAUAGGUUAUGUGACACCGAUUAUCUAGAGAUGUGGCGAAAGCAUCCGCACGCUGGACAGCACGCAGGUGACAGGAUAAAUCAAGGUAAUAAUAGCAGUAACGCUUCAGGGCCUCAGUUUCCAGCCCAUGGGAACGGGGUCGACCAUGCAGGCCAGCCUGAGGCCCCGUUCCAACAACUCCCCAACCAGGCUACGGGCGACCCUGCAGUUGAUGGAAUUGGGGAUCCAAGCUUCCUUCAAACGUUCAUGACAUUCGGAUCUAUGCCAGGUCUGAUGGGCGAGACACCAGCAUUUCCCGAUCUUUGGCAGAUGCCGUAUCUAGAUGAGUACGGUUACCGUGGCAUUUAA